AUGCUAUCUCCUGUUGUUAGCAGUUUGAUCUUCAUAGACAAUAGAAGAUUGGCUGAAAUUUUCCCUACAAGCCUACGAGAUCUUUGGAAUGAUUGGGAGCUUCGUGUUGCAGUUGUUGUCAGCCUCUCCAUGCAGAUAUUCCUAAUUGCUCUGGGAAGCCGGAGAAAGUAUGUAGCUAGAGAUUGGCUAACAGUUCUAAUAUGGACUGUUUACUUAUCAGCGGAUGGGAUAGUAAAUCUUUCAUUUGGUGUUCUUUCCAACAUGGAAUCAACUGAUGAGAAGGGUUUGGUGGACCCGCAGUACAUGAUAAUGGCAUUUUGGGCACCAUUGCUUCUUCUACAUCUUGGUGGUUUAGACACCAUCACAGCCUAUUCAUUGGAAGACAAUGAAUUAUGGAUGAGGCAACUGCUCGGGCUAGUUGUCAAAUUUGUAGGAGCAUUUUAUGUCUUCAUUAAGUCAUGGACAGGAAGUCUAAUUAAUUUGAUUGUCAUUCCAAUGUUUGUAAUUGCCAUAAUGAAGUGUGGGGAGAGGACUUGGGCUUUAAGGUUUGCAAGCAGUGAUCAGUUUAGGAAGUCCAUGCUACCUCGCCCUGAUCCAGAACAUAGCUAUGCUAAAUUCAUGGAUGAUUACACGUCAAAAAAGGCUGAGGGGUACAAUGUGUCGCUGGAGCCAGUAAUUGAAGAAGCCUCAGUUGUGCUAGACCACACUUACAAAGCUGUUGGAAACACUGUUCAUCUUGACAUUGUCAUCUUGCAUGAUGCCGCAUAUCUCUUCAGCACUUUCAAACGGUUAUUUGCAGAUCUCAUCCUCAGCUUUCAGGACCUUGAGAGUAGCAGGUCCUUUUUCCAAGAUGCACAAACUAGUUGGGAGAAUGCUUUCAAAGUUAUUGAGAUUGAGCUGGGGUUUAUGUAUGAUUUUCUUUAUACCAAGGCGACUGUGACUCAUACUUAUGUUGGUAGCUUUCUCCGUAUUAUCAGUUUAUCUUCAACCAUUUUAGUUGCAAGUUUCUUUGCCAUUAUUGAUAAGAACUCUUUCUCAAGAACUGACAAAAGCAUAACAUUUGUGUUGUUAGUUUCUGCUAUUGCUUUACAAGCAUAUGAGAUAGUUCUACUGCUUUCCUCAGAUAGGAUAGUACUUUGGCUGAGCAGGCAUAAAAAUCUGUUGCUAGGCCACACCAACCAGACAAUCUCAUGUAUCCAAUCAUGGCUGCAAUCUUGUCAUGUAAUGCCUGCUGGAAAUAAGAGAUGGUCUAAUUGCAUGGCAAAAUACAACCUAAUCAGCAAUUGCCUCAAAGACAAACCCAUCAAGUUCAGUGGAUUUCUCAAGUUCUUAUGCAUUUAUGAGAUGGUAGAGAAGAACCAGUACAAAGUUGUGGGUACUGUCUCCCCAGAGUUGAAAAGGAUGAUCUUUGAACAACUUUUGCCGAAAUCAAGGAACCCACUAGACAUAACCAUUUCUAAGCAAAGGGGCAGUCAUGUACUCAAAGAUAUGGGAUGUUUUGACAAGAUUGAAUGGAGUGUUGAAUCGGAAUUUGAUCAGAGUAUUCUUCUAUGGCAUAUUGCCACAGACCUCUGCUACGAAAUUGAUCUUAGAAAAAGCUCAAACAUUAUUGGAAACCCAAUCUGUGAUGAAAGUAAAUCAUUAGCAUAA